AUGCAACAACCACCUCCGUUCCGACCCAUGCCGCGUCCUCCGCCAGGUCAGCAGCCUCACGGUAUGCCUGUCCGACCAAGACCGCCAUUCAACGGUCCUGCAGCAGCAAGACCACCUAAUCAGCCUCUUCUUGCUCAACCCAUGUCAGUAAAUCGUCCCCAUCAACUGCCUAGACCUAAUGUUCCUGCGUCUGUUCCACGACCGACGUUGCCUUCCCAACCGGUGCCUUCAGCCAAUGACCGAAUGACGCUUAAUCAAGCCACGCCAUCACCAGAGCCGACAAGUCCAAUACAAGCGAAUUCACCUGGUAUCAAUACACACGCGUCGGAACGUCACCGUCGUAAACGCAUGUAUCCGGAGCAAAUCGCAAAAAUGUACACAGAGCAAGCUUCGCCCCACGUGCCACCCGCCCCUUUGGCGGCACCGGGACCAGUACCGGCUCUUCAGUCCUACGGUUAUCCGCAACCUUCUCCGCUUGCCCAACCUACCCAAGCGGCUCCCAGUGCCUACGGACAAAACCCCGUCGACGCUGUCAGUGCACAGCUAGGGAACAUGAGAUUGGGAAAUGCUACUCCGAAUACUCAAACCGUGCCACUGCAAGGAACACGUCCUGUGAUUGGCGAUCUCUACGGACCUCCACCACCUAUCCGCUUACCACCUAAUAUCGCCAUCACGGACUCCCCCUACGCGAAUUGCGACUAUUCGUAUAAAUGCUGUACUGUGAAUGCGAUCCCUGCUACCGAUAGCUUGCUUCGAAAAUCACGUAUGCCAUUGGCUCUAGUUCUGACUCCUUAUCGAACCGUUAAAGAUCUCGAGAUGGCUGUACCGGUCGUCACGGAUAGCGUAAUUUCUCGAUGUCGUAUGUGUAGAACGUACAUCAACCCUUUUGUGACUUUUGUUGAAGGUGGCCAACGAUGGAAAUGUAACAUUUGUUUCCUGCUGAACGAUGUCCCGGCUGCAUUUGAUUAUGAUGCUGUGAGCCAACAACAAGUGGAUCGAUGGAGACGACCGGAACUCAAUUACGGAUGUGUGGAAUUUGUGGCGCCUACGGAAUAUAUGGUACGACCUCCUGAAGCGCCUGCCUAUGUGUUUAUCAUUGAUGUAUCGCAUGCGGCCAUACAAUCAGGAAUGUUAACUAUCGCGACACGCACUUUGCUGGAGACUUUGGAUCGUAUUCCAAAUGCUGAAUCACGAACACGGAUCGCGAUUAUCACCGUCGACAGCGCUCUGCAUUUCUAUAAUCUGGACUCCAAGCUCAGUGAACCACAAAUGUUUGUUGUAUCCGACAUGGACGAGGUUUUUCUUCCACAACCGAUAGACUUGCUUGUCAAUCUCAGAGACAGCAAAUCAAUACUCGAAAAUCUGUUGCAAAAAUUGCCAGACAUGUUCAAAGAUACCGUGAAUGUAAACAACGCCUUGGGACCGGCUUUGCAAGCAGCCUACGAGAUGCUGUCUGCAACAGGUGGAAAAAUCAUCUGCCUGCAAAAUACGCUCCCGAAUACAGGUGUAGGUGCUCUGAAACCUCGGGAAGAAGUGAAAUUGCUUGGAACUGCCAAGGAAUCGACCAUGUUGAAUGCCGCUUCUCCGUUUUACAAAACCAUUGCCGUCGAUUGUUCGCGGUCCCAAGUGGGCUGUGAUAUGUUGAUCUUUGGCAGUCAAUACUCUGAUGUCGCGACCUUGAGCUGCGUUCCUCAUUACACUGGAGGCCAAACCUACUAUUACCCUGGGUUCAAUGCGAACCGAUCCGAAGAUGCCAUGAAAUUUGCUCACGAAUUCUCGGAAUUGAUUGCUGAGCAGAUUGGUUUAGAGGCGGUGAUUCGUAUCCGUGCAUCUCGUAAUUUGCGCAUGAGCGCGUUUCACGGCAACUUUUUCAUUCGAUCCAGCGAUUUGCUGGCGCUGCCCAACGUUCCUCGAGAUCAACAGUAUUGCGUGGAAGUGGCGAUCGAAGAUGAUCUCAAAGGUCCAACUGUUUGCUUCCAAACCGCUUUGCUUCACACUACUUGCUUUGGUGAACGACGGAUUCGAGUCAUUACCAUGUGUUUGCCCGUCACCCAUUCUAUAAGUGAAUUGUAUGCAAGUGCCAAUCAGCAAGCCAUCGCUGCUUACCUCGGUGCAAAAGCGGUCGAGCGCGCUCUCAGCUCGAAACUGGAUGAUGCUCGGGAUGCCAUUGUCAACAAGACGGUGGAUCUCUUGGGAGUCUACAAGACACAUGUUCUGGGUUCGGCACCUGGAUCGAUUCCUCAACUGGCAGCUCCCGACAAUCUAAAAUUACUGCCGCUACUUGCUUUAGCUUUGAUUAAGCAUGAUGCGCUGCGGCAAAGUUCUCAAAUACCAACGGACAUGCGAGCCAAUGCUAUGAAUCUGCUGCGUACCAUGCCACUGCAGUUGCUGAUUCCUUACCUUUGCGGAAAUCUGUACUCGCUGCAUAAUAUGCCACCUGAGGCAAUAUCUGAUCACGGCGUGAUUCUACCACCAAUUUGUAAUUUGACAGCGGAGAUGCUGGAGCCGCAUGGCUGCUAUUUGCUGGAAAAUGGACAGAACAUGUUCAUCUUUGUUGCACGCGGGGUUGUACCGCAACUUUGCCUUGAUUUAUUCGACGUUCGAUCUUACGAAGGCCUUCGUGGCGGCAAGUUCACGAUGCCGGCGCUUGACAACAAGCCUUUGAAUCGAAAGGUGAACAUGAUUAUUGGAAAAUUGCGGGAGAUGCGUCGAGGAAACUAUUACCCUACGCUGUAUCUUGUGAAAGAAGACGGUGAUCCUUAUUUGCGUCUGUGGUUUAUGUCACUGCUCAUUGAGGAUCGCAGCGAUAACAUCAUGAGUUAUCAGCAAUUUGUUCAGCAUGUGAAAGACCGAGUAAGUGAUUUCAAAGGGGAGAAUCAACACAAGGACUCACGAAUUUAA